ACCUUGCUUAUUGGAGGAUGAAGCUGGAAUUUGAUGACCAUAAGCACAGUGCCUUCAUCUUGCAAGCUCUCAAUGCCCAAAGACAGAAGAAAGAGUGUUGCGAUGUUGUCAUCAACGUGGGCUCCCAUUCGUUUUCGGCCCACCAGAACAUUCUCACCGCCGUCAGUCCCUACGUCAAGGACUUAAUCCACAGUUGCAAUAUCCAGCCAUCAGACGAGUUGUCCGUCACCAUUGACAUUGACUACAUGAGCCCGGUAUCGGUAGAACAGCUGUUGGAAUACUUCUACACGGGUAAGAUCAUCAUAGCGGACAAGAAUGUGGAGGAUCUACUCAAGGGCGCCAAGUACUUCAUGAUAAAACGUCUCAAGUCCCAUUGCGUGGAGUAUUUAGAGGUUGUACUCGACAAACAAAAUUACAUGUACACUCUCAUGUUGGCUGAGACCUACGACUUACCUGAUUUGGCAGCCACCGUGUACAGCUACCUGAAAGAGCAAUUCUUCGAUUUGAGUGAGACGAAGGAAUUUGUGGAGUGCCCCUACCACGUCUUGCUCAGGCUGGUCAAGGAUGAGGACCUCCACGCUGCCAGCGAGGACCAGGUGCUGCUGACCACAGUAAGGUGGACGAACCACGACUUAGAGCGCAGGAGGAGCAAUUUUCAGAAGCUGUUCACCAACAUCUACCUGAACGGCGUCACCGACGAUCUGCUCGCCGAGGUCAGCAGCGAAGAGCUGUUGGUCAAGAACAACACCACCUGCAUGUUGGCCAUAGUGGACGUGCUCAGCCACCGCAAACAGGAGCACAUCAACAGCCUCUUGCAGUACCAGAGGAAAGGCGCCCUGAUGGAUGUUGUGCUAGUCGUGGGCGGCCAAAGCAGUGACGGCGGUUUCCGCAACGCAGUCUACGCCUACGUGAUUGAUGAGAACAAGUGGCUCAAGGUCACCCCCAUGCCUUAUCGAGCCGCUGCCUUGGGGGCAGUCUGCAACAGGAAGUACCUGUACGUGACGGGAGGCACCAAUGAGCAAAACGCCAGUCUGAAGUCGGCGUGGAGGUAUGACCUGGACAAAAGCGCCUGGUGCAAGCUGCCUGACCUUCCACUCGGACUGGUCUUCCAUUCCAUGAUAGCGUGCAAUGGGAUAGUGUACACGGUCGGGGGCAGUGUGGCCCCCAGGAAGUACAUCUCCACCAUCUAUCGCUACGAUGAGAAAAAGGAGAAGUGGACAACCGUCGGAAGGAUGAGUGUCCCCAUGGACUGUGCUGAGGUUGUGACUAAAGGGGAUAGAUACAUCUACAUCGCAACGGGCAGGUGCAUGAUCAACGACAGGAUCACCAGGGUUGGGAUUGUGGACUGUUUCGACACUAUAACGGGCGAGGUGAAGCAGAGCUUGACUUUCCCCAUAGAGUUCAAACACAGGCCCGUGGUCUCCUUCCAAGGGGACUCCACGCUCUACGUGCAGAGCCACAAGCACACCAUCGAGGUGAACUUGCAGAAUUUCAAGGCCACCAAGCUGACCAAGCGCAUCCCCUUGCUCCCGAACGCCACCAAGCUGGAGGUGUGCAACGCCAUGACCACCAUCCGCAACCUAGUCUUCGUCUGUGGCGGGACCUCCGUGGCCGAAGACGGCAAUGUGAAGGAAUACGCCGUGAACAAAAACGCCUUCCUGUUGGACACCAAACUGGGAGUGUGGGACGAGGUGGCAAAGCCUUCGGAAGCGUUGGAAAGCUCCGCCUGCUGCAAGGCCAAACUGCAAUGCAAGUUUAUCCAAAAGCCGGAGAAAAUCCUCUUCAAAACAAACUAGGACAGUAAAAAAAAUAAAUUAAAUAAAUAUAAUAUUUAAAUUUAAUAUUUUCCCUCCUAUCAUAAAAAUAAAAGUUUC